GAAAGCUAGGGCUAGAGCUUCACCUUCAAACCUUGCUCCUUUAGUUUUCAAUUUUGUGUUUGACACAAAAAAAGAGAAAGUUUUAACCAAAAGAGAUAAAGAUGGUUUCCACUCACAGUCCCUUGGUCUUUUCGUUUGGCAUUCUUGGUAACAUUAUAUCCUUAGUGGUUUUUCUAGCCCCACUACCAACCUUUGUUAGGGUUUUUAAGAAGAAAUCAACAGAAGGGUUUCAAUCAGUUCCAUAUGUGGUUGCACUAUUUAGCGCCAUGCUUUGGUUAUACUAUGCAUCACUUAAAUCUAAUGAAAUCCUUCUUAUUACUUCAAACACAAUCGGUUGUGUUGUGGAAACCAUUUACAUUGCCAUUUACAUCGCUUUUGCACCAAAGCAAGCCAGGAUUUCCACGUUGAGGCUUCUUAUUCUGAUGAACUUCGGGGGAUUUUGCUUGAUACUUCUUCUCUCACACUUCUUAGCUCAAGGAGAAACUCGUGUCCGAGUUCUUGGUUGGGUUUGUGUAGCUUUUUCUGUGUCCGUCUUUGCAGCACCUCUAAGCAUCAUGCGGGUGGUCAUACGCACGAAGAGCGUAGAGUUCAUGCCAUUUUAUUUAUCACUUUUUCUCACACUCAGCGCAAUCGUGUGGCAUUUAUAUGGUGUACUACAGAAGGAUUUGUAUGUUGCGCUUCCAAACAUAUUGGGUUUCAUCUUUGGGGUGCUUCAGAUGGUACUUUAUAUGAUCUACAAGAAUUACAAGACAGUUAUAGACGAUGAAAAGCUAUCAGAAAGCAAAGCUGAUAUUGUAAACCUGAGCAUGUCUGAGACAAAUGUGUGCUCUCAGCCCAAUUCAGAUGAAAAAGGGAGUGACACUCAAAAUGAGCAUGAACAAAAAGAUCAAGAUGUGAAAACCACGGAAGCAUCCAACCAAGGCCAGUUAUCAUCUGUUAAGUGUGAAGUUUAAUUACUCGACUUGUACCAAACCCAUCUCCAUGCUGUGUUUGGUUUGCUUGUACCUCUCUCUCUCAAGUAUUGUAAAAAAAUGUGUAAUAGAGAAGAUGGUGUACGUAAUGGUAAGUGUUAUUUAAUCUUCAGGUGUUUCUCUAUGUCUGUGUAAUCCCAGUGGACCAUGUAAUGUUCAAAAAAAGGUGACCGCUUAUAAUACUACUUCCUUAUAAUACUACUUCCUUCGUCCUAAA